CCUGGCUGGCACUCCAUUUCUCUCUAUCUAUAUCUCUCUCUCCUCUCUUUCUCUCUCUAAACUGGUAAAAUUGCUUCUUCUACUCUAUAUACUAAAAGUCUAAAACCAGUCGUGAACUAACCACCCUACGCCACGUGAUCACCUCUCUUUCUCUCUCUCUCUCUCUCUCGGUAGUUGUUCUCUCAUUUCUCUCUCUAUAUAAGCCCCCACCCUCUACCCUUCCUAUAUUAUUGCAUUUGUGUCUCACUCCAUAGUCCAUACACACUUUAAUACAUACAUAUAUAUAUUCACAGAGUUCCAAUUCCGAUCAAGGGUCUGUGGAGGAACGAACUGGGUACAGAGAAUUAGCUGUACUCAGGCUCACCUCUCAUUUUUCCACUUCAGAUUGUCUCUUUAGGCUUACACCAUGGCUACUGGACAACUUUUCUCCAAGACUACACAAGCACUAUUCUAUAAUUACAAACAGCUACCUAUCCAACGGAUGCUUGAUUUUGAUUUUCUUUGUGGAAGAGAAACUCCUUCAGUUGCUGGAAUCAUAAAUCCUGGUGCUGAAGGAUUUCAGAAGCUCUUUUUUGGUCAGGAGGAAAUUGCCAUCCCAGUUCAUUCAACCAUUGAAGCUGCUUGUGCUGCACAUCCAACUGCUGAUGUUUUCAUAAACUUUGCAUCAUACAGAAGUGCUGCUGCUUCAUCCAAGACUGCUCUCAAACAGCCGACCAUUAGAGUCGUGGCUAUAAUAGCUGAAGGUGUUCCCGAAUCGGACACCAAGGAGUUGAUUGGUUUUGCAAGGGCAAAUAAUAAGGUUGUUAUUGGCCCAGCUACUGUUGGAGGUAUUCAAGCUGGAGCUUUUAAGAUUGGUGAUACUGCUGGAACAAUAGACAAUAUAAUUCAAUGCAAGCUUUACAGGCCUGGAUCUGUUGGAUUUGUCUCCAAAUCUGGUGGCAUGUCUAAUGAACUAUAUAAUACAAUUGCUCGUGUAACAGAUGGAAUCUAUGAAGGUAUUGCGAUUGGAGGAGAUGUGUUCCCAGGCUCCACCCUUUCUGAUCAUGUUUUGCGGUUUAACAACAUUCCACAGGUGAAAAUGAUUGUUGUACUUGGGGAACUUGGUGGGCGAGAUGAGUAUUCCCUAGUUGAAGCCCUGAAACAGGGGAAAAUUAAUAAGCCAGUGGUUGCUUGGGUCAGUGGAACCUGUGCACGGCUCUUCAAGUCAGAAGUACAAUUUGGUCAUGCGGGAGCCAAGAGUGGUGGUGAGAUGGAGUCUGCGCAAGCAAAGAAUCAAGCACUUAGGGAAGCUGGAGCUGUUGUUCCCACAUCAUUUGAAGCAUUUGAAGCUGUAAUUAAGGAAACAUUUGAGAAACUGGCUGAAGAUGGCAAGAUUACUCCUGUGAAGGAAGUUAAGCCUCCACAAAUACCAGAAGAUCUUAACACUGCCAUUAAGAGUGGGAAAGUUCGGGCUCCAACUCAUAUUAUUUCCACCAUCUCCGACGACAGAGGUGAAGAGCCAUGCUAUGGCGGCGUCCCCAUGUCCUCCAUUGUUGAACAGGGUUUUGGCGUGGGUGAUGUUAUCUCCCUAUUGUGGUUCAAACGCAGCCUUCCCCGUUACUGCACACAUUUUAUUGAGAUUUGCAUUAUGCUAUGUGCCGACCAUGGUCCCUGCGUAUCUGGUGCCCACAACACCAUAGUAACUGCAAGAGCUGGAAAGGACCUUGUGUCCAGCCUUGUUUCAGGUUUGCUGACAAUUGGUCCCCGAUUUGGUGGGGCUAUUGAUGAUGCUGCUCGAUACUUCAAGGAUGCUUACGACAGGGGUCUUACUCCUUACGAAUUUGUAGAAAGUAUGAAAAAGAAAGGCAUUCGUGUGCCAGGAAUUGGACACAGGAUCAAGAGAGGUGACAACAGAGAUAAAAGGGUUGAGCUGCUACAACUUUUUGGACGCACUAACUUCCCUGCUGUGAAGUACAUGGAAUAUGCUGUUCAAGUUGAAACUUACACUCUCUCCAAAUCAAAUAAUCUGGUCCUUAAUGUCGAUGGUGCAAUCGGGUCCUUAUUCUUGGAUCUCCUUGCUGGCAGUGGUAUGUUCACCAAGCCAGAGAUUGAUGAGAUUGUUGAGAUCGGUUAUCUGAAUGGGCUCUUUGUGUUGGCUCGCUCCAUUGGUCUGAUCGGGCAUACCUUCGACCAAAAGAGAUUGAAGCAGCCACUAUACCGUCACCCAUGGGAAGACGUUCUCUACACCAAGUGAUGAGUGUCCAGAUAACAGCAGGCACAAAUUUUUCCUGCUCCCGACAAGCAUUUCCUUUCGAAGUUUACAGUACUGCAAUUUGUUGUGUGAUAAUCUAGUUGUUAGAUUAGUGUUUGUGCUGCUAAUGACAGGCUGAGUGCCUUCGUUGUAAGUUUAAACGGGAGUUACGAAAUCAGAGCUCUUGAUCAUCAUUCAUAGGAAAGAAUUAGUUGUGACCAUAAGAUCCCUUUGUGUCCCAUUUCGGGGGAGAAUAACAGAUGCAUUGUAUUAGUUAUAGCUGUCUAUAUUGGGUGUCUUGUCAUUACACUGAAUAAAGCUUUUGUUCAAUGCA